CGGAAACAGACCCGAGUAAAUUACAGGAGUUCUCGUUCUAUUGGUGAAUCCUUACUGACCAAAAGUAGUCGUCCUGAGUGGAUUCUGUAUUCCCUAACCAGAAGACAAUGUGAGCAACCCACAACCAGGGCAGAAAACAGUAUCUUGGAGAGAAAGCAGAGUUAACGUUUCGAGUACAGUGACUUCUUGGGAUGAUGCCAGACCUGACGAGUUUCUCCAGCAAUUGCUUGUUCUGUUUCAGAUUUCCAGCAGUUCUUUGUUUUAUAAGAACAAGGUCCAGGGUGUAAUAGUGGUGAGUUUGUGUGUUUCCCAGAGUAGAUUUCCAGUGGUUUAGGAACGCUCCCAUUCUUUCUCAGUGUCCUGGUCUAUUUCCGUCCUAGUUUAACAGCCCCCUCCCUCAGGAAUGUCCAGACAGAAACCACACGAAGCUUCCUGAGACGGAGUGACCUCAGUAUUGCUGCUGGGUCAGGCUAAACAGACCAGUGUGUUUGGUGUUGGGCUUCUCUGCUCGCUGACCCCUACAAUGGAGGACAAGACCAUCCCACAUGCUUACCCGAUGAGUGUAGAGUACGAGAAAGAGACACCGACAAUUAUCCACGACCAGAACUUCGGGGAAGGUUUGUCACCAGAAGAUAUUUUAGCUCCUACAUUAUACCAUGGUUACUAUAUCAGACCCAGAAUCAAUAAGCAGCUGGACAGAGGCUUUUCAAGAAUUGAAACAAAGCAUCAUAAAUUUCAGGUAUUUCUGGAUGUCUGUCAGUUCCUGCCGGAUGAGAUCACAGUCCGGACAGUGGACAACCUUCUGGAAGUUUCUGGAAGACAUCCGCAGAAACUGGACAGUCAUGGGUUUAUCUCCCGGGAAUUCACCCGUACCUACAUCCUACCCCUGGACGUGGACCCUCUGCUUGUUCGGUCAUCACUGUCCCAUGAUGGUAUCCUGUGCAUCGAGGCGCAGAGAAAAGGAGAUGAGAUGCAACCCAAAGUAAACCACGUGAAAAUCAAUGUGGAGUCAGCACCCGUGGUAAAGGACCCUGGGGAAGAUAUCAGAAGAGAGCAACAGAAGGAUAAGUAGCUCCUGCAAUAGGAUGGGAAGAUCUUCAGUGAUUGAUUUUGAUAGCAGAUUCUCUGCUGAAACACCUGAGUCUACUCUAGAAAACAGGGAGAAAUAUUACAAUGAUUGGGCUACAAGUAAGUUAUCAAUUAAUUAAUGUUGCAAAUAAACCUAAAAAAAGACUAGUUUUGACAUAUUUUAAUAUCUUCUGUAUUUAUAAAGCUAGAAACCUACUUAUUAAUAUUAGACGCAAAUGAGAUCUGAUGAUUAGUGUCAUUAACUCAUGCCUUUAUUGCCCUUUGCUCCUGUUCUCUGGAAGAAAAUGACACAUAUUGGAGAACAUUUACAAAUGUGCCCCCAGCUAUCUUCCCAGGUUCUUCACACUUUCAUGGCUCAGCCUGACUUGCCAGCUAAGGAUCCAUCUCUCCAGUUUAACUUUCAGGACUGUUGAGCCUGUCUCCUUUUACAUCUGUUAGCUAAAGAAGUACCUACGAGGAAUUGAGUCUGGGACCUACCUGGUCUCUGCAACUGGCACUGCACUACUUUCCUCUGAGCUAUUGGCAAAUCCCUUCUGCCAUUCCUGAUGUACAGCUUGAUGAACCACAUGUAUUAAUAAACAUUUUGACAACUAAUAUAUCCAAAAUGUGUCUAUUUCAUGCCUGUAAUGAC